UCCCUCCGUCCGUCCGUCCCGCAGCUCCCGGAGGAGGCCCGGCGUCGCGGGGAGCCAGGCUCGGGCCCGCGACGGUUGCGCAGACACCAUGAGAGCCGACUCGGGGCCUGGGCUGGAGGAGGCCCGCCGGCGUCCUCCACGAGCCCUUCCACCUGUACCAAGUGCUAUUCAGGAUGAUAUUCCACUUAGUCGUCCUAAAAAGAAGAAGUCCAGAACAAAAAACACGCCAGCUAGUGCUUCCUUGGAAGGCCUUGCCGAGCCUGUUGUGGACAAGCCUUCUGAGAGCAGCGCCCCACCAACUACAGAACUCAAGGAGCAUCCAGAGGCUCCUGCCCAAAGGAGACAGAGGAAGACCAGGCCACCUCCUGAGUUGGAGACUUCCUUCACUGAAAAGAAGACAUCUAGUCCAUCUUUAUUACGGAAUGAAAAUGGUAUUGAUGUGGAGCCAGCUGAGGAGGCAGUUAUUAAAAAGCCUCGAAGGAAAGCAAAGAAAACCCAGCCAGCAGAAUUACAAUAUGCCAAUGAGCUUGGAGUAGAAGAUGAAGACAUAAUUACUGAUGAACAAAGUACCCUAGAGCAACACUCUAGAUUCACUGCACCCACCGGAGUUAGCCAGCCUGUAGGCAAAAUAUUUGUGGAAAAAAGCCGACGAUUCCAGGCUGCUGAUCGUUCAGAGUUGAUAAAGACCACAGAAAACAUAGAUGUGUCAAUGGACUUAAAGCCAUCCUGGACCACCCGAGAUGUGGCACUUUCAGUACACCGAGCUUUCAGGAUGAUUGGUCUGUUUUCUCAUGGCUUCUUGGCUGGCUGUGCUGUAUGGAAUAUUGUUGUGAUAUAUGUUCUAGCGGGAGAUCGGCUGUCUAACCUCUCCAACCUUCUGCAACAGUACAAGACCUUAGCAUAUCCAUUCCAGAGUCUUCUCUAUUUACUUUUGGCCCUGAGUACAGUUUCAGCUUUUGACAGGGUUGACUUUGCUAAAACAUCGGUAGCAAUCCGAAAUUUUUUGGCACUGGAUCCGACAGCUUUAGCUUCUUUCUUAUACUUUACUGCUCUGCUACUAUCUCUGAGUCAGCAAAUGACAAGUGACAGAAUCCACCUUUACACACCUUCUAUCAAUGGUAGCCUCUGGACAGCAGGAAGUGAGGAACAGAUUCUCCAGCCAUGGAUCGUGGUGAAUCUUGUGGUGGCCCUUCUGGUUGGAUUGUCCUGGUUGUUUUUGUCCUACAGGCCAAGUGUGGAUCUUAGUGAAGAGUUAAUGUUCUUCUCUGAUAUGGAAGAUUACCCAGAUAAAGGAAUCAAGACCUCUUCAUAGUAUCAGCUCACUACUGCAGUAACAACCCAGUAUUCUACCCAAUUUUGGUUGAAGUGUAUUUUUUUUAUAAGAUGUAUAUGUGUAUUUUUAAUUGAGUUUUUGGUUAUUUAAUACUAAAAAACUUCUCAAGAUUAUGGAAAAUAUUUACAUUAUAUCUAUCCUUUGUCCCCAAACAGUGAUCUCUAUGGUAUUGCCAUCCUAAUGAUAAAGGUGAUAAUGAGCUAAAAACAAGCAGGUGAAAGUGUUUAUUUCCUGUUCUCUUAAAUUAAUUGUAUUUUUACUCAUUAUCUUAAAAAGCAUUAACUCAGAAAAGCCAUAACUUUAGUAUUAUAAAAUAACAUACCAAGUUUAAAUUUAGGUUAGAAGAAAAAAUGCCUUCAUUAUAUAUUUUUUGAUGUCUCCUUACUGAACACUUGAAAUACAAAUUUGUCUUUUUAGAGUUUGGCUUAGUGGUUUGUAUAUCAUGAAUUGUAAUUUAGAUUGAAAGAUGUUUUACUUCAUGGAUAAUAAAAUGGAUAUAUAUCUUUUGGA